AUGCGAGCGGAUAAGUGCCAAUGCCAAGUACGCUUCACCUUUGCCAUAGCAGUCGCCCACAUGGGCGUUGAUAAAGAUGACGCGAAGGAAACUCUUCUUCCCGUCAAGACUUCGGACAUCAACAUCGUAAAAGAAGGAACUGGCCGCCGCGACUUGCUCUUCAAGGCGUAUGUGAUUGUAACAAUGACUUGGUUGUGGACGGGUUACACCAUUACAGUACGGUACACGAGAACCACUGUUCCAAAGGAUGAGCUCUAUGCCGCCACCACAGUUGUAUUAAUGGCUGAGACUGUCAAAGUCUGCAUAUCCCUUAUAAUGCUAUAUAAGGAGAAUCAUUUUAGAACCACAGAGUUCAUGUUGACUCUUCGAACGCAUUACUUUGGUGCGCCAAAAGAGCUUCUCAAAAUGAGUGUGCCGUCUGUUGCAUAUGCUCUUCAAAAUAAUCUCGAUUUUGUAGCUCUUUCCAAUCUGGAUGCAGGAUUAUACCAGGUGACAACGCAAUUGAAAGUGUUCACCACGGCUAUUUUUAUGAUGUUGUUUCUUGGCAGACGUUUCUCUGGGACAAGAUGGGCUGCAAUUCUGUUGUUAUUUUUUGGUGUUGCAGCUGUGCAGCUCAACAGUGUCGGCGACACGUCCUCCGACAAGAAAGGAAGCUAUUCUGUGGGCAUAACAGCUGUCCUUUGCACUUGUGUGACUGCUGGAUUUGCGGGAGUAUACUUUGAAAUGAUGUUGAAAGGAGGCGGCACCACACCAUUCUGGGUUCGCAAUUUGCAGAUGUAUAGUUGCGGCAUAGUUAGUGCUUCUAUUGGGUGCAUGCUCUCUGAAGCGGAACUAGUUGCUCAGCGUGGCUUCUUCUACGGGUAUGAUGUCAAAGUUUGCGCGAUUGUUGCUUUUCUGUCCUUUGGUGGUACAUAUAUCUCGCUUGUGAUGAAGUAUCUCGAUAAUAUACAUAAGAGCUUUGCUUCGGCUGUUUCAAUAGUUCUCGUCGUCGUCACUUCAUACCUCAUUUUUGAUAAUGUGUUCAUAGGGACGUAUUUCGUUGGUGGUACUGCUCUUGUUGUAUUUGCUGUUUUGCUCUAUAAUUCUGUGCCUGAAUGA